AGGAAGAACUACCCUAUUCAGAUAAUCUUAAAGUGCAACAAAUGAAACGAGGAUCCAUUGCUCGAGGAAAGAAAGUGAAUUUGUUAAACGUUCAUCAGAUGGAAUUUGAACCAGAAGUUUUAGAAGACAUUCAGACAAAUAAUUCCGAGACACCUAGAAUUCCUCAUAUAAUUCAUUUCAUUUUCAUAUCUGGUCUACAAGGAAAAGAUGGUAUACCGUGGUUUUACAAACCCAAUGUCAAUUCCUUCUUGCAUUUCAAUCCGAACUUGACAUAUUAUUUUUGGACAAAGAAGUCGGCCCGUAACCUAAUUUCAUUGAGGCAACCUGAUUUACUCUCAACAUGGGACAACUACCCUCUUGUGAUCAACAAAGCGGAUGCCUUACGUUAUGUGUUGCUUUAUGAAUUUGGAGGUGUUUAUGUCGAUCUAGACAUGAAAUGCAUGCGACCACUAGACCGAGCAACCAUAAAAUAUGCAUGUAUACUGACUCCAGAACCUUUCGAACACAGCGCCAUUCUUUUUAAAAUUCCGUUUCUGCUAAGCACUGCCUUUAUGAUGUGUCGACCAAAACAUCCGUUUAUGAAACAAGCGAUUCUUUCUUUGCAAGAGUUUUCAAGAAGACGUAACAUGUUAGCCAUUGCAGGUCCACUUUUCUUGACAACAAUGUUUAAGCGUUACAAUAAAUUUCAGCCAGGUGAUGAAUUUAGAAUGAAAACCGACUUCGAAAGUAAUUCCCCAUACUUUUACAAGGGCUCCCUUCGACAGGACCAUAACAAUGCUGUUUAUGUAGCAAAUACACUAUACUUUAUGAGCUCUUUCGACACCCAAGUGAAUUUUCAACGUGUGUGUAAUGACACUCAACGGAGAAUAGUUAAACGUGGAUGUUUUCUUUGGAAUAAGAGAAAAAACAGUAAAACUAAGCAUCCUUUUUCUUAUACCGAUCACAAAUGGGCACAUAUUUAUUCUGUAGAUGAACUAACACAUAUGAUACCAAUAGAGAACGUUAUUUUAAGAUCAAAAUUGAAAAUAUGGCAGCCCGGAAAUCACGAAUAGGCGUUGAUGUUCUGUGACAGAAAUGAAAUAAAUGUAGUGCUAGUAUAUAUCGCAAAACUAAUUUAGGAGGAUUGGAAAGGGUAACAUUUAUUAACACGUGUCCCGUAUUUUGAUUAACUGUUUAAACUGCACAACUGACCGUCCCAAUGCAAUACCCCACUCACUGAUUUUUGUGUUCUAGCAUAUCAGUUUUGC